CUGAAAAUUGACAGAAACAAAGUCACGUGGUUUAUGUACAACUUUAGAGGAAAGAGUAGGUCUGGAGUAAAUACAUAUUCUAGAUACGAUCAGAGAUGAUCAUGUUGUUUCACACAAUUGUCGUUGUAUUAGUUGUCCUGUAUAAAUCUGUUGAUGCUGAGGUUGCCGAUCCUACAAGAAUAUGUAUACCACCAGCACCUGAAGAUGAUGAUUAUUUUAAGGACUUAGAACAGGGAGAUGCAGAUAUAAGAGCUUCAAUAAAUAGAAGUUUAGAUAGGGAGACAACGCUUAAGGUUGAAACAGAUAGAGCUGUCAAUGAGUUAAUGUUCGAAGCUAAUCCAUUGUUUGUAUGGACGGUUGGAAUGUGUAAAUAUAAAUACCGGUCUUACGUCCCUUCCAAACAAGUCUGGUACCAAGGGAAAAUGUGUUAUGUCUUGCAUUACUUCUGGUAUCAAAUCUGGAAAUACUUGGAUUGUCCUAAGCAACUUUGCAGUCACGUUCCGUGUAAUGAAUGGUGGAACCCAUACGUGUACAGAUGUGUUCCGUCUUGUAAGCGUUCCUUUUAUAUGUGGAUAGCUUGUCCAACUGGUCACCAUAGUUUCCCGUAUAAGUACAUCAGAAUAGAGAAAAGGUUACCACAAUGUUGUGAAUGUAAGAGAUACAAGUGCUGAAGAUGUGAGAGCCAA